CUGGAAGAUACACGUUUACUGGAACUGUCUGAGGCGAACACUAGAAAUCUACUAGCCUAGCCAGUAAGACAAGAUUCUGUGUGACCAUCAAGGUGCGGAGUGGCUCUGACCAGCUGACAAAUGGCACCAGCGGAAGGUUACGCAGCCCCUCCCCCUAAGUGAAGGAUCGCAGUGGAUACAGUGGUGCGUCGCCGCGGCAACCCCUUUGGCCUCCGCCCCUCCGGCUCCUCAUUCGCAAAGACGUCGACCCUGAAGCCGCGUCCAUCACGUCUUCACCUCUGGCUGCGGGGCGGCCCUCGUGGCCAAGAUGCCACUGCGUGCCGUGUCAGUCGGCAGGCGACGGUGAGGGUCCGGAGGAGGGGGCGGUCUGCAGGAGGCUGCGCGGAGGAGGUGGAGGUGGAGGAGGAGGUGGUGGAGGAGGUGGUGGAGGUGGAGGAGAAGGAGGAGGGGGAAAGCACCAUCCAGCCGACAUGAACCUCUGCUGGAAUGAGAUCAAACGCAAGUCCCACAACAUCCGGGUGCGGCUGGAGGCCUUCUCGGACAACAGUGGCAAGCUGCAGUUGUCCCUGCAGGAGAUCGUUGAGUGGCUGACCUCCAAGGACGAGGAGCUGUCCCAGCAGCUUCCCAUAGGGGGCGAUGUCAGCGCCGUCCAGCACCAGGCAGAGUUCCACCAGGCCUUCGUGGAGGAUGUGAAGUCCCGGGGGCCCUUCAUCUACUCGGUGCUGGAGUCGGCCCAGGCGUUCCUGGCGCAGCAUCCCUUCCAGGAGCCCGAGGAGUCCCUUCCCGACGGAAAAGAGCUGUCGCCACGACGACGGGUGCUGAACGUCAGCCGCUCGGUAUGGAAGCAAGCCAGCGUGACCAGCGACCUGUGGGAGAAGCUGACAGCGCGCUGCGUGGACCGCCACAGGCACAUGGAGAGGACGUUGGAGCGUCUGCUGCAGACCCAGGCCGCCAUGGAGGAGCUGGACGUGGCCCUGGAACAGGCGGAGGGGGUCCGGGACGCCUGGGAGCCCGUGGGGGACCUGUUCAUCGACGCUCUGCAGGACCACAUCGACGCCACCAAGUUGUUCAAGGAGGAGCUGAGCCAGGUGAAGGAGGGGAUGAAGCACGUCAACGACCUGGCUCACCAGCUGGCCGUCUCGGACGUCCACCUGUCCGUGGACAACGCCCGCGCCUUGGAGCACCUCAACAGCCGCUGGAAGCUCCUUCAGGGGUCGAUAGAGGAGCGGCUGAAGCAGCUUCAGGACGCCCACCGAGACUUUGGCCCGGGAUCGCAGCACUUCCUCUGCAGUUCUGUGCAGGUACCCUGGGAGAGAGCCAUCUCUCCGAACAAAGUGCCAUAUUAUAUCAACCAUCAGGCUCAGACCACAUGCUGGGACCAUCCAAAGAUGACAGAGUUGUACCAGGCGUUGGCGGAUCUGAACAACAUCAAGUUCUCGGCGUACAGAACGGCGAUGAAGCUGCGGCGUGUGCAGAAAGCGCUGAGACUGGACCUGGUGGCGCUGGGCAGCAUGGCGGAAGUGUUCCGGGAGCAGGACCUGCAGCAGGGGGAGCACGUGAUGGACGUGGUGGAGGUCAUCCACUCGCUGACCGCCCUGUACGAGAGGCUGGAGGAGGAGCGCGCCGUGGCCGUCAACAUCCCGCUCUGCGUGGACAUGUGCCUCAACUGGCUGCUCAACGUCUACGACAGCGGUCGGAACGGAAAGAUGCGUGUGCUCAGCUUCAAGGCAGGCUUGGUGAGCUUGUGCAAAGCAGACGUCAAGGAAAAAUACAAGUACUUGUUCCGCCAGGUGUGUGGACCGGGAGGCCAGACCGACCAGCGGCACCUCAGCCUGCUUCUCCACGAGGCCAUCCAGGUUCCCCGCCAGCUGGGGGAGGUGGCGGCAUUCGGGGGCAGCAACGUGGAGCCCAGCGUGCAAAGCUGCCUCCGCAUGGCCCCGGGGAAGCCUGCCAUCGAGGUGUCUCACUUCCUGGAGUGGAUGAGCCUGGAGCCCCAGUCCAUGGUGUGGCUCCCCGUGCUCCACCGCGUGGCCGCGGCCGAGUCGGCCAAGCACCAGGCCAAGUGCCACGUGUGCAAGCAGUGCCCCAUCAAAGGCUUCAGGUACCGCAGUCUGAAGCAGUUCAACGUUGACAUCUGUCAGACGUGCUUCCUCACAGGCCGCACCUCCAAGGGAAACAAGCUGCACUACCCCAUCAUGGAGUACUACACACCAACCACCUCGGGAGAGAAGAUGAGGGAUUUCGCCAAGACCCUGAAGAACAAGUUCAGGUCCAAGCAGUACUUCAGCAAGCACCCUCAGAGAGGGUACCUGCCCGUUCAGUCGGUGCUGGAGGCGGAGAGUGCCGAGACGCCGUGCUCAUCUCCAAAGCUUCCCCACGCAGACACUCACAGCAGGAUCGAGCAUUUUGCCAGCAGAUUGGCGGAAAUGGAGAACCAGACAUGUUCAUUCUUCACGGACAGUCUGUCCCCAGAUGAAAGCUUGGAUGAAGAUCAGUACAUCCUGCGUCACUCCAGCCCUGCGCUGGAGCAGGACUCGCCGUGCGGCCAGCACCUGCUGCUGGUCCACCUGGAGCACCAGGACCGUGAGCAGCUCCAGUGCACCCUGGCCCGCCUGGAGAACGAGAACAGGGUGCUGCAGUCCGAGUACCGCCGGCUCCAGUGGAGGCACGAGGAGGCGGCCUCCGUGCCCAUGCUGACGGAGGCCGGCGAGGGGGGCGUCCUGUGCUCGCCCACGGCCGACGGGGGGCCGCAGGAGGACGAGGAGCUGCUGGCCGAGGCGAGGGUCCUCCGACAGCACAAGACCCGCCUGGAGACGCGCAUGCAGAUCCUGGAAGACCACAACAAACAGCUGGACUCCCAGCUGCGCCGGCUCAGGGAGCUCCUGCUGCAGCCCAAAGAGGACUCUGAGGCCAACGGCUCGGAGCCUUCCACGCUGUCGUCGCCCGUCUCCAGGGGGGACCGCCACGGUGAGGGGGCCAGCAGAGAGACCACGGACACGGAGGCAGCAGGUGAAGACUUUGAGCAGGAGCAGGAUACAGUGUUACAGCUCCAGGAAGUGAUCGAGCAGCUGCGGAACGUAUUCCCCUCAGAGCCAGGUGUCACCUCCCUCAUCUAACCAGGAGCAGACCUGGGGCGCAGAGUGAUGUCAUGCAGGGCGGGGCCACGGAUGCAGACCCCCCCCCCCCCCCCCCCCGGCUUGGGUCUCCACCACAGAUAACCAAGCCCGCUACGGCUAGGGAAGCCGGCAUUACCAGAGUUAACUCUCUAACCGGAACUCGGAAAAGCACUAAAAAAAAGCCUACUUAUUAUAUUUUCUUUUGUCACGCAAACCACUAAAGGCUUAUGCUAAUGUCCGUCGGGCAAGGCUGUACGAGCUAACUUUGCCGACAUUAGCAACACAGCCUGCCUGACUGCCUGCGUUAUCCAGCCAAUGGAGACACGGGUGUUCAGCAAGCUCUUCAGGGAGAAAAGGUAUAUAGUAUAUGUAAUAGUGCCCAGCCAAGACACUGUGCUAACCAGCAUCUGUGUAGUCAUUCAGAGGUGUGAAGCUUUAUAAAGGUACACAGCACAAAUUGGACCUUCCGCAGAGAAAAUGCAUCGACUCUCAUCGUGUCGGGUUGCGUCACUUUCAGCAAGUCUUCUUCUGUUGUCUCUGUUGUCUUUCUCUUUUUGUGUGACGCCUCUCUCAUCUCAUUGUUUUUCGGUUCUGUGUGUUAUUGAAAGAGUGGCAGCUCCAGUGCUGACUGGGAGUUGGCUGGGCCGACGUGCUGCCGAGAGAACGGGCCUCCGCAGCAGACCGGUGUAUUUAUUACCCCGUGGGGCUCCGCGAGUCAUCGGUUAAAGCUCCCUGUGAUUCAUUCAAGACAGCCACAGUGCCCGCUAGAACAGCACCGACGUGCACACACACACACGCGCGCGCGUGCGCGCGCACGCUUCCAUCUUAUUCCCGCGGUCCGUGGCCAGUGGCCACUAUGCCCCCUGCGUCCCUAACACGUGUGUGAGCGCUUAAAUGAUAUAACAACCCAACCGACAACACACGCAUGUGCCAACAGCGGCUAAAUGUAUCGAUGACGUGCAUUGCGCUUCCCACUUCCGUCCAGCCGUUCACGGAGCGCUCUUCUUCGUAGACGCGAUCCGUCACUCGUCCAGGGGGGAUAGGGCAGCGCCGCUGAUCGGCACGUCCUUACGUCCCCCGGGGAGCAGCUGGGAUGCGGUCGUCUGGAUCUGGAGUCAAUAUGUGCCGUGACUCAGUUGGGGGGGGUUUGUUUAGAAUAAUGUGUGUCAAUAAUCGACGGCGCCCG